AUGAAUUCAUCAGGCGCAGUAACAUGCUUUUUUUUUUUUCACACACAAGCUAGUCAUGAGGCUCAGAUAGCGAGUGUUGUAUCGUGCGCAGUUAGCCUUCUGUUUGCUUUAACUGCAUUACUUGGAAAUUUCAUCGUCAUGCUUGUUAUUUGGAAAACGCGGGAGCUUCAUACGCCAUCUUUCGCUUUGUUAUUUUGCUUGGCAGUCUCUGACUUCCUCGUUGGACUGGUUGGCCAGCCCUCGUUUGUUGCAUACAAGGUAGCGGAGCUUUUAGAAAAUUUCAACGGAUAUUGUAAGGCACGAAUAAUUCAGUUCUUCAUUGGUUGGAUAACUUCUGGAGUAUCUUUUUUAACUCUGAGUGGAGUUUGUGUCGACCGACUUCUCGCUUUAACUCUUCAUUUGCAAUACAGAAACACGAUCACCGUGCAACGGGUUGUAAUAGCAAUGAUAAUAGUUUGGCUGUUUUGCUUCAUUGUUGUCAUUGUCAGGUUUUGGUUUCCAAACUGGCUCAUUUUGCCUGUUACUAUAUCUGUGUUGGCCAGUGGAGUGACUGCACUUUGCACUAUUAGGAUAUUUCAAAUUGCAAAUAGACAUCAACGCCAAAUAAGAGAACAAAAUCGAUCCAUGGUUAACUUACAAAACGAACGAGGUAAUGCAUUCAAAUGUAAAAAGUCAGCUAUCACGGUUCUUUACGUGUAUGGCUUAAUGUUAGUGCUCUAUCUCCCAUUCAUUGCAGUUAGUGCAGCGGAAGCAUUUCACGGCUAUACAACUUCAUUGAAGAUCGGUUGGGAUUACGCUACCACGAUUUGUUUGAUAAGUUCGUCGGUGAAUCCUGUCAUUUAUUCUUGGAGAACUAAACAAGUACGUCGUGCAGUAAUAGAAUAUUUAAGAAAAAUU